UAUACAUACAUAACCAUGCACGAUCCCAGCGAUUAUGAUUCAGUUUACAGCGAGCAGGAUUUUUUGGAUAUUGUUCAGGGUGCUUCAACGCCGCCCCUGAUGAACUAUGAGGAAUUUCUAGAGAAAACAAUGGAUGAGCGACAGCACAUACAGAAGAAAACUUUUACGAAAUGGAUCAAUUCACAUCUUAGCAACACCCAGUGCACCCCAGUGAGCGAUCUGUUCUUGGACCUGCGAGAUGGACACCGUUUGCUGGCAUUACUCAGCACCCUAACACACACACAGCUGAAACCCGAAAAAGGUCGAAUGCGUGUGCAUCACAUCAACAAUUUGAACAAGGUUAUGAAGGUUAUCCAAGAGCAUGGCGUCAAGUUGGUCAACAUCUCCAGUGAUGACAUUGUGGGUGGUAAUCCGAAGCUGACACUCGGCCUUAUCUGGCUGAUAGCACUCGAGUUCAAUGGCCAGCAUCUAGUCAAAAGCCAUUCAAGCAAUGGCGUUGAGAAGUCCCUGCUGGCCUGGGCAAGACAAUAUACCGAGCCGCACGGCCUGAUGCUCAACGAUUUUGCCAACUCUUGGGCGGAUGGACGCGCCUUUCUGAUGAUAUUGGCUGCUCAUCUGGAUGAACUGGAUCUGGAGACGGCGUUGGCUCAGCAUGCGCUGCAGCGUCUGCACUUGGCAUUUGAUUUGGCGCACAGGCAUUUUAAGAUCGAGAAACUACUGGAUGCGGAAGAUGUGCAUACCCACAAGCCGGACAACAAGUCCAUACAGAUGUAUGUGAUGUGCCUGUACCAUGCCAUGGAAUCGAUGCGAGCCAACGAACGCGACCGAGUGCCCUGCACAAGCAUCACUGAUCUGGACGAGGUGCCCCUCGAUGCCGCCGUCGAUCGGGAGCUCUACACGUCGGACAGUGCGGCCAGCAUGAUGGAGCUGAAGCAUGGAGUGGCGGAGUCAGCCUCGCUUCGACCACUGAGCACAGCCACGAAUGCCAGUGUCGAGAUUAGCAGCUAUCAGACUGCGCUAGAGGCGGUGCUGACUUUGCUGCUGGAGGAUGAGCAGUUGCUGUCACAGGAUCUGCCGGAUCCGGAGAAUUUUCAAGCGGCCAAGCUGCAGUUUCAUGAGAACGAGAGCUUUAUGCUGAAGCUAACUGAGCAUCAGGAGUUUGUGGGCGAGGCCCUCGAGGAGGGCAGCAAUCUGAUAAAUGAGUCACAAAAGAAGGACGGCUCUGGUCUCUCUAUGGACGACCAAAACGAGGUCCGUCAGCAGAUGGUGCUGCUCAACGAACGCUGGGAAACGCUCCGACUGCGAGCCCUCGACAUGCAGGCCAAGAUUCUGAUGCGACUGGCCGAGUUCCAGAAACAGAAACUCGAACAGCUGCGUCAGUUUCUGACAAACGUCGAGGAUCGCAUCUCGCACAUGAGCGAUCUCGGACCGACCGUAGCCGAAGCGGAACAGCAGCUGACCGAGGCACGCCAGCUGAAGGCGAAUCUGUGUGAGCAACAGGAGCUGGUGGACAGCAUCAGCAGCAUGGUGGUCAUUGUCAACGACACCUCCGGCAAUUUCAAUGAUCUGGAGGAUCGAUUAAGUGCACUCGGCGAACGCUGGUCCCAUGUCGUCAAGUGGAUCGAUUUGCGCACCGAAAAACUGCAGCAAUACAAAUGCAUCUCCCGCUGGCUGGAUGCCCGUGAAGAAGAUCUGAAGCGAAUGGAGACCCGCGAUGUGACCGAUGUCGGUGGCAUAACGCAGCGCAUCAAUGAGCUGAACUAUUGCGCCAAGGAUUUGCUGGAAUUGCAGCGCUAUUUGAUUGAUUUGCGACAAAUGGUGGCGGCCACGUUGCAGGAUGGCGACGACAAGGGAGAACGGGUGCUGAUGCAGCUGGAAAGCUACGAAGAUCGCUUGGAUGCCCUCAAGCAAAUACUGGAGGUGCAAACGCGUCGCAUCGAGACGAAAGGUUUCAACUUUGGACGCGAACGUGCUAGCUACGAUGAUAGUCGUGUGGUGCGACCCGAAAAUUGGAUCGACUAUCAAAUGAUUAUACGAUUCGGUGAGGAUGAGGAGAAGCAGGAGCACGAGGAACACGAGCAGGAGCAGCAGCAGCAGCAGAAACACCCAAAGUUGGACGCACAAGUUGAUGCCGAUCCGUUAGCUAGCAAGAAGCGUAAAUUGCGCAAUGCAGACAAUUUUUUUGCUUUGGAAUCGAAAAUCGCGGAUCACUUUUCGCAUGUCCAGGAUGUGGAACAGCAACUGCAGCAACUACAGCGUCAGAGUCUGCGCAACCAGUGCGACCUGCUCAAAGAGCUGCAAGCGGAGAAUCAACAACGUGCCAGCUUGCUGCCCGAGCUCAAGAAACUGUACGAGGUGUGCGAGCAGGAGGAACCCAGUCGGAAGCUGCUACUGGAGGCGGCACACAUCAAGCAGCUGGAGCAACGCUAUGCAGCAUUGGGUCAGCGUCUGGCCAGUCAACACAGCGAAAGCAGCACCCUGUUGGCCAAGGAGCGUUAUUACAAUAGCUUAAUCGGUUUUAAGCUGGUCCUUGCCGACUCGCGGGACUGGUAUAAGCAGCAUGCGGGCAGUGCCAGUUGCCCGGAGCUGGAGCAGCGUCUGAGCCACAUGGACUCGCUGGCCACAGAGAUUGUCGAGGCGCGAGAGGCCACCGAGGCGCUGGACGAACAGCUGCUGGAGUGGAAGCUGGACUUUGGACUGUUCCACGAUAGCUGGCACGACAUGAAACAAGCCCUACAAGCGCUCAUCCAGCAACGUGGUGGCGAGAGCAUCAUCCGGCAGGUGCAGCAGCUGGAGGAGUUCGUUGACAAGGUGGCCAGGCAGAAGGUGCGCGUCGCCAGCCUCGAUGAGAUGCAACAGCAGCAACAGUUGCUCAAUCAACUGGUCGACGAAUUGGAAUCCCUGAAGCCCAGCUACGAUCGGGUGCCGGACCACAUGCUCAGCGCAGAGCUGCAGGCCGCCUGGCAGCGUCUGCCAGAGCAGCUGAGCGAGCGUGUCAUCAAGCAGACCACCGCCAUCGAGAACCUCAAUCACUUUGUGGCCGAGUACAAUUCGAUAAUUGCGGUGCUGCGCAGUGCGCCCGACAUUAUCCAGGCCCAGGAUCUGCGCAAGCUGGAGAUCGAUGUGAUAAGUGCAAGGAAUUUUAGUGAGAUUCUGAUCAAGGAGGCGGAACAGCCGCAACGAGAUUCGUUGCAGGCACAGAUACGUGCACUAAAUGCUCUUUACGAGCAGGUGGAGCAACUGUAUCAGGCGCAGCGACAACAGCAGUCGGCGCUGCAAGCGCGCAGCGAGGCCAUCCAGAAGCGACUCCAGGAAACGGAGCGCUGGCUCUGUGAACUAGAGGCGAAUACGCCCAAGUCAGGCGUGGCCGCCAUUCGCAAUUCCAACGAACUCUUCCAGAGCAAAUCCAAGUUCCAAACGCUCAAGGAAACCUGCGAACGGGAGGCGGCUCAGUUUCGCGAGCUCAAUGAGCUGGGCGGUGAGCUGCUGCUGCAAAUGGACGAGCUGCCGGAGAAGGGCAAGGACAAGGACUCCAAGUAUGGUACUCUGGCCAAACAGUUCACGCGCCUCAAUGCUCGCUGGACGGAGGUGACGGAGCUUGUGUACGCCAAGACAGCGUUGCUCGAGCACAUCUCCACGCAGCUGGGCGAAUUCAAGAAGUUCAUGGUCAGCGAGACGGGUUAUCUGGAUCGACUGGAGAACAAGAUACGCAACACGCCCGAGAAUGCAGCCGAUGCCGAGGAAAUUAUGGAAGAGCUGGAUGAUCUGGAAAAUGUGCUGCGCGCCCACUCCGACGAAUGGUUGGACAAAAUUCAAGAAAUUGGCAAUGAGCUAAUUGACAAUGAAUUUAUGGCCGAUGUUAUGCGUCAGGACAUUGAUAAAAUGGUGGAGCGCUGGACGAAGCUGCAACAGCAGGCCAAGAAGCGAACCGAACUGCUCGAGGAGAAGGUGAGCGAGGCGGAGCAGUCCGAGAAAGCUGUCGUUCAUCUGGAGGCCUGGCUAACGCGCAUGGAUGAGAUACUCAGCGAGCAUCUUGAAAACGAUGUGACCAUUGAGGAUCUGCCCGAUGAUUUUCAGAUUUUGGCACGUGAAUUCGCCGUAAAUGAGCAAAACUUUAAGGAUAUUACCGAGCUGAUUGCGGAACACACACGCAAGGGUAGAACUGGUGCCGCCAAUCGUCUGCAGGAGCAGCUCAAUUUAAUGGAGUUGCGCUUUAAGGCCUGCCAGGCCAAGCUCAACAAAUGCACCGCCCCCCAGCCAGCCUAUGAAUCGCGCCUGAAUCGAGCCUAUGGCGAUCUACGCAACGUGGAACACUCCACAUUGGUGUUGGAUGUCGCCUCGGCGGGUCCCAGCACCGUUCAGGCCCAAUAUCAGAAGUGCUUGCAAAUAUAUCGCACACUGUCCGAAAUCAAGGCAGAAAUUGAGAGCACUAUUAAAACGGGUCGGCGUGUCUGCGAGGAUAAAUACACAAAGAGUCCCAAGCAGCUCAGUCAACGCAUAGAUGCCCUGAAGCAUUUGUAUAAUGCCCUCGGCGAGAAUGUCACCCAGUCGAAGGUCUUCCUCGAGGGUCUUCUCAAGCUUGCCAGGCAGCUGGAGCAGUGCUUCGAUAGCGCUGAUGAGUUGAUCAGGCGUUUCGAGUCGCCACAGGAGCUGCACGAUCGCAAUUCCAUACUGCUCGAGUUUGAGGAUGUGCUCCAGCGUUGUGAGGAGCACUACAACGAGUAUAGCAAGUCCUGUGAUCAGAGCUGCAUGCAGGAAACGCGCCAACGCAUCGAUGGCCUCAAGGCCUCCUACCACAAGCUGACCAGUGCGGAUAUUAUCAAGCGCCUCACCGAAAUGAAGACCACGCUACAGAACUUGGAUAAUAUUUCGCUGGAAACUUUAAAAGCCAUGGAGCAUGACCUUAAGGAGAUAAAUGUACCAUCAAAUCCGGAAAUUGAGAAAUUGCAGCAACAAGUAAUUGCGAUUGUUGUGGAUAUGCUAAGAACACGCUUCAGCGCAACAUCGACGCUUGCCACACAAGAUAAGCCAAGAGCAAGCGAUGACGAUACGGAAAUUGUUGUUGUUAGCGAUACGGUGCGUCAAAGACGUGCACGGACGCCACAAUCGGGUGAAAGCAGUACACCAUCCACUCAAACAACAGCAACAACAACUACAACAACAACACGCAACGAAGCAAAUACACAAAAGGGGACGGCGUCGGUGUCGGUGUCAGAUUCCAAAACUAAGCCCACAUCAUCCGAUGGCGAACAAGUGCUGCCCGAUUUAUUGCCACCGCAAACGUUUCGCCUGGCCGAGUCCAGUACGCUGUUCUCGCAGAUAUCGCUGAAUCCGGCCAAGAUGGUUGCUGGGGCAUCUGCAAUACCACCCGUGAAACCUGCGAAGAACAAACGCAAAGCGCCCGCAGCACCAGCACAGGUUGUGGAGAUAAAGGUGAAAAACAUUCAGAACGAUAAAAUGUCUGUGCAAAAUAUUGCGCUGGCACCGCAACAGGGAGAAAUUGUGGAUACCGUCAAUAUAUUGGAGAGUGUGGAGCCGCUGCUGCCCGAAUAUGUACAAACGGUGCAGAUUGUGGAUCUGUCGGAAGACUCGGACUCCUCGCUGCUCGAGGUGCGACGCAGCAAGAGCAAACGUUCACUCUGCGAGUCGCCAGUAGGGUCCAAGGAUCCCAGCCAGGAAACUGGCUCAGAUAAUGAUGGGGAUGAAGCAAUGUUACGCCCCUCGGCGGGCAACACAAGCACUCCACUGCUGCGCGUGGAGAAGCAGCGCAUAUCCUUUGAUGAGAAACGCAAACGCAUCGCCCAUGAGCGGGACAUACUCCGCGAUUCCGAGGAGGAUGAGCCACCUCAGAGCGGUAGCUCUGUCGCCCAGUCAAAUGUCGCCAAGCCGAAACGCUGGCGUCAACUGCAACCCGAAUUACAGGAAGCGUCAAGUGUACUCCUCGAUAAGCAGACGGAACCCGAAUCACCCAUUCGGAAUAGUUUCUAUAGCGCCGACAAGGAGACAGGUUUUGAUAUUGAACCGCUGGUAUUCUCCGAUGAUGAGGAGAUACCGCGUUUCUCGCUGGAAAUGACACCAACCUUCGACUCCGAUAGUGAUACGAGCCGGAUUGAGACGCCCUCGACGAAGAAGCCGAACUCGUUUCUGAGUAAGGUGCUCAAUUCGAUGCCCUCGCCGCUAGACGACUCGAAUGUGACCCUCAAGAGUCCGCCAGGAGAACUGCCGGCCAGCGCAAACUUGGAACAGCGAGUACAGGAAUUCAAUAAGUUAUCCAAACAGAUGAUCUAUAAACUCGAGGUGACCAAGGCCAAGAUCGAGCAGUGCCAUGAGAGCGAGGCAGAGGAUCUCAGAAUGCUAAUCGCACCGGAUGCAGCCACUCUGAUCUCACAGGGUGAUUCCCUAGUGCUCGAGACACAUGGUAAACAAGGCAGCAUUUCACGAAUCGUCAUGCGCACUCAGAUCAUUCUGCGCGAGAAGUUCCGCGAAGUUCAACAGGCCAAAUCAAAAGUGACAGGCACUUCUGCACCACAAGCGACGCCGGAGACCGUUAAUAUUGAGGAGCUUGUCACUAAGGGUUUACGUCGUAUCAAUGUGCUGAUCGAGAAGCCCGUCGAUCUCAAGUCCAGCACUGAGCUCGAAAAACGCAUGGAGGACAUCAACGAACGCCGAGACGAUCUGCAGGUGAUUGUCGGCGCCAUUGGCAAGAAUCCCCAAAUGCCAAAGGUGGCGCCCAUCAUGAUGAAUGAAAUCGAAAAGACUAAAAACAAUUUGAUUGCUCACGCCGAUUCGAUUGAGCUCUCACUGACGCAACUCAAAAAUGGCUCACAAAUUGGCAACGGUAACGGAGCUGGCAGUAGCCGUCAGGAUUACAACAACGAACCAAGCGGCAUUGGUGCUCUGGCCAGCAGUUUCGAUAAGUCCGUUCUGCACAUUUCCGACUGGCUGACUUGGGAACAAAACAUGAUCAAGAUACAGAGCGUUCUCGUUGAUGAUGUGGACGCGGUGCGUUCGGACAUCGAAGCACAGGAGAAAGUUUUGCGUGAAUUGAAAAUGAAAAAACCGCAACUCAAUGAACUGGUGCACACAGCGGAAGUGCUGAAGGGCGAUACUAAACGUCAGCAACUGCAGGAGAAAGAAUUAAAACAGUUCUCGAUAGCACCGCAUUGUUCAGCUGAUUUAGACUAUUUGCGUUGCUUUCUCAAAGUGACCCGUCUGAGAGAGCAUUGGGAUGAGACGUCGCAGUGCGUCUUGCAGCGAGCUGGCCAGUUGAAGAACAUGCUGAGCGACUCACAGCGGUUUGAGGCCAAGCGCCUGGAGCUGGAGAAGUGGCUGGCGCGUAUGGAGCAGAGGGCCGAGCGGAUGGGCACAAUUGCCACCACAGCUGAUAUACUGGAGGCCCAGCAGAAGGAGCAGAAGUCCUUCCACGCCGAGCUGCAUCAGAAUAAGCAGCACUUUGAGCUCUUCAGCGAGUUGACACAGAAACUAAUUGCAGUCUAUCCCAAUGAUGACACUUCCCGCAUCAAGAAGAUGACGGAGGCCAUUAAUCAGCGCUACUCCAACUUGAAUAAUGGUGUCGUCAAUCGCGGCAAGCAGCUUCAUGCCGCAGUGCAUAGUCUACAAAUGUUUGAUCGGGCCAUGGACCAGUUCCUCGCUUUUCUCUCGGAAACGGAAACACUUUGUGAGAACGCCGAAUCGGACAUUGAACGCAAUCCCCUCAUGUUCAAGGAUCUACAAUCGGAAAUUGAAACCCAUCGCGUUGUUUACGAUCGUCUCGAUGGCACCGGCCGCAAACUUUUGGGUUCGCUCACCUCACAAGAGGACGCGGUUAUGUUGCAGCGUCGCUUGGAUGAAAUGAAUCAACGUUGGAAUAAUUUAAAAUCGAAAAGUAUUGCAAUCAGAAACCGUUUGGAAUCAAAUUCGGAGCACUGGAAUGCGCUGCUUUUGUCACUCCGCGAACUAACCGAAUGGGUCAUUCGCAAGGAUACGGAGUUGAGCACCCUAGGCUUGGGUCCAGUACGUGGCGAUGCGGCCAGUCUACAAAAACAGUUGGAUGAUCAUAAAGCUUUUCGUCGUCAGUUGGAGGAUAAACGCCCAAUUGUUGAGAGCAAUUUAACGAGCGGUCGUCAGUAUAUUGCCAGCGAGGCGCCCAUUUCGGAUACCAGCGAUACGGAGGCUCCCCAUGACUCCGACUCCCGUUACAUGACCGCUGAGGAGCAGAGCCGGGAGCUGGCACGCAGCAUUCGACGCGAGGUUGGCAAACUUUCCGAGCAAUGGAACAAUCUAAUCGAUAGAUCUGACAAUUGGAAGCAUCGUUUGGAUGAAUACAUGACGACCAGUUCAGUUUCAGUUGUAGCUCAAAUUCUUAUUACCAACACGCUCAAAAAAAUGCGCCAAUUCCAGAAGGUCCUAGAGGAUUUGAGCUCCCGUGUCGCCCUGGCUGAGCAAACAAAGAAUGCCUGGCAGACGCCCACAUCUGUGGAUGAGGCAAAUGAACAGAUGCAGCAGCUGCAGCGCCUCCGUGAUAAGAUGACAACAGCAAGUGCAUUACUGGAUGAUUGCAACGAGCAGCAAUCCUUCUUCACCGCCAAUCAGGUGCUGGUGCCGACGCCAUGUUUAUCCAAACUAGAGGAUUUGAAUACACGCAUGAAAUUGCUGCAAAUUGCGAUGGACGAGCGUCAAAAGGUUUUGUGCCAGGCAGGCGCAAAUCAUACACACGAGAACGGCGACGAAGGUCGCAACACAUCGAACAGUGGCACCAUUGGGCCAUUACCUAAUUUGGGGCAAAGUGUUAAGCCGCCUUGGGAACGUGCCACAACCGCCGCCAAUGUGCCUUACUACAUCGACCACGAACGCGAGACCACACACUGGGACCACCCGGAGAUGAUUGAACUGAUGAAGGGGCUGGCUGACCUUAAUGAGAUUCGUUUCUCAGCAUAUCGCACGGCCAUGAAGCUGCGAGCCGUCCAAACCCGACUGGCACUUGACCGCAUUUCAAUGGCCACCGCGUGUGAAUCGUUUGAUCGUCACGGACUCCGGGCACAGAACGACAAGCUUAUCGAUAUACCGGACAUGACGACGGUGCUGCAUUCGCUCUAUGUGACAAUCGAUAAAAUUGAUUUGACACUAAUGCUCGACCUGGCCAUCAACUGGAUACUGAACGUGUACGACUCGCAGCGCACCGGUCAGAUACGCGUGCUCAGUUUCAAGGUGGGGCUCGUGCUGCUCUGCAGGGGUCAUCUCGAGGAAAAGUAUCGCUAUCUGUUCCGCCUGGUCGCUGACACGGAGCGAAGGGCGGAUCAGCGACGCUUGGGACUGCUGCUGCACGACUGCAUACAGGUGCCGCGUCAACUGGGCGAGGUGGCCGCAUUUGGUGGCUCUAAUAUUGAGCCCUCGGUGCGUUCAUGCCUGGAACAGGCGGGCAUCUCCCAGGAGACCAUCGAUGGCAAUCAGGAAAUCUCAAUUGAGUUGCAACACUUCCUCGGCUGGUUACAGCACGAGCCGCAGAGUCUUGUGUGGUUGCCAGUGCUGCAUCGUCUGGCCGCCGCGGAAGCUGCGAAGCAUCAGGCCAAGUGCAACAUAUGCAAGGAGUAUCCAAUUGUAGGCUUCCGCUAUCGCUGUCUCAAGUGCUUCAAUUUCGACAUGUGCCAAAAGUGUUUCUUCUUUGGACGCAAUGCCAAGAAUCACAAGCUAACGCACCCCAUGCACGAAUACUGCACAACGACCACAUCCACCGAGGACGUGCGCGAUUUCACGCGUGCACUCAAAAACAAAUUCAAGAGUCGCAAAUACUUUAAGAAGCAUCCUCGCGUCGGCUACCUGCCCGUGCAGAGUGUUCUAGAAGGAGAUGCACUUGAGAGCCCGGCGCCCAGUCCGCAACACACGACACAUCAGCUGCAGAGCGAUAUGCACUCGCGAUUGGAGAUGUAUGCGUCGCGACUGGCACAAGUGGAGUAUGGCGGCACUGGGUCCAACUCGACGCCGGACAGCGAUGAUGAGCAUCAGCUGAUAGCACAGUAUUGUCAGGCGCUGCCCACGAACAAUGGCAGCGCUCCCAAGUCACCGGUACAGGUGAUGGCCGCUAUGGAUGCGGAGCAGCGCGAGGAACUGGAGGCCAUCAUACGCGACCUGGAGGAGGAGAAUUCCAAUUUGCAGGCCGAGUACCAGCAACUGUGCAGCAAACAACAAAGCGGCACACCCGACGACUCCAACGGAAUGCAACACUCCAGCUCCAGCACGGCGGGCCUGGCCAGUCAAGGCGAGCACGGACAGCAGGAUAUGAUGGCCGAGGCGAAAUUGCUUCGCCAGCACAAGGGUCGCCUGGAGGCACGCAUGCAAAUACUCGAAGAUCACAAUCGCCAGCUCGAAGCGCAACUGCAGCGUCUGCGUCAGCUGCUCGACGAGCCCAACGGCGGCGGCAGUGCCACCAGCAGCGGACUACCCAGCGCACCGGGUUCAGCGCUCAACUCCAAGCCAAACACAUUGCAAACGCGCUCGGUGACUGCCUCGCAGCUGAACACCGACUCCCCGGCCAAGAUGAAUCAGCAGAAUGGCCACUACGAACACAAUUCAAAUGGCGCCACAAAUUUGGUCACUGUUAUAACGGAGCAGGAAAUCGAGCCAAUCAACGACGACUUGGAUGAGACGAGCAGCUGCACGACUACGAAUACAACGACGACCACGACCACAAAUACGGAGAAAACUUGUGUGGAUUUAAGGAAAUGAAGAAGUUUCGAUACUUAAAGAUGCAAGGCAAUACUAAGAAAUAGAAACGCAACUUACGGAUAAUUCAUUGUAAUGGCUGGCGUGCAAGCAAAUUCUAAACAGUAUACAUAUACUUACAUAUACAUUUACUUAUAUAUAAUUACAACACGCAACUUAACAUAUAAAUAUCGUGGUACAUAUAUUUAUACAUAUGAAUAUACAAAAAGAAAAGGAAGCAGAAAGAAAGAAAUAAAGCUGAAAGUUUUUUAUUAGUUAUCAGAAAAUAUCCCUAAUAGUAAGUGAACGAUACAUAUUAAAAGCUGAAAAUAAUGCAGAAAUAUAAAGUAUAGUUAAGAGUCUAAAAACCAUCGUAAUAAUAAUGAAUAAUCAACUGCGAGCACUUGCAAAACUGAUAUAGAUGCACUCUUUUCGAAACAAGGCAACAAAGGAUAAAAAUGAUUUUUGAUGUUCCCACUUACUUUGUAUUUUGUAUACGCUAAAUAAAAAAAUGGUGAAGCAUAUUUAAUAAGAAUUUAAUUGCAACUUUAUCAUUUUACUUUGAAUAAAAAAUACUUUAUUUCAGUUUAAUUUGUAAAUUAUUAAUAUUCCAUUAAUGUGUAUUUUGUAUUAUAAUGUACGUGCUAACUAAAAGUGUGCUGCAAUGUUUUUAAUUAAAAAAAUAGUCAUUAUUCAAAACAA